UCGUGUUCAGAAUCGGAAGGAGGUUCCGUGUUUAGUUCGUAAGUUUAGUUUUAAUCAAUUGAUUUCUUGGUGUAAAUAUUCAUUAACAAUGUUGAAAUUGUUACUAUCCGGUUAUCGGACGUGUCAGCCGGUGUGCAGACAACCGCUGGGCCAGCUUCGGCCGCGCGGGGAACUUUUGACGACGGCACGAAAUGCCUUCAACCAACAGACGCGGAACCACCUGGUCAGAUCCGGAGGUGAGCAAGCCGUUCGGACCAGCCGGGGUGGUUCCAAGAUUGUGCAACUUUUGCUGGGCGGAACGGCCCUCACCGUAACCGUGGGCUACAACUGCCGGAAGUGGUUUGUCCACUGUGAGGCUACCAGUGGUCGGCUGGUGGGUCACAAGACUCCGGGGACGGAGGGUGGCGGAACGGUCCGGUUUGAUUGGCGCAAGUUCUGGAGCUAUUUGAGGCCACAUCUGGUGAAGCUGGUGGGAGCGGUGCUGGCGGCACUGGCCGUGGCGUACUUUAACAUCCAGAUUCCGAACCUGCUGGGCGUGGUGGUCAACACGCUGUCCAAGUACGCCCGGGCGGGGAUGAAAGACAUCGACACCGGCAGCUUUGUCGAGGACAUGAAAGCGCCCUCAUUGCGUCUGUUUGGGAUGUAUUUGGCCCAGGCUGGCUUUACCUUCGUCUACAUCUUUCUGUUGAGCCAAAUCGGCGAGCAAAUGGCCGCCAAAAUUCGGCAGGACCUGUUCCGGCAGAUCAUCAUCCAGGACCUGGAGUUUUUCGACGAAAAUCGAACCGGCGAGCUGGUCAACCGGCUGACCGCAGACGUUCAGGACUUCAAGUCCAGCUUCAAGCAGUGUAUCUCCCAGGGAUUGCGAUCGUUUGCCCAGCUGAUCGGCGGCGGAGUCUCACUGUUCCUGAUCUCCCCCCAGCUGGCCAGCAUCGCACUGGUUUCCGUCCCCGCCGCCGUCGCGAUGUUUUCAUUCCUGGGAAAAUCCCUCCGAGCACUGAGCAAACGCAGCCAGGCCCAAUCCGAGCGAGCCACCUCGGUGAGUGAGGAAGCGCUGAGCAAUAUUCGCACCGUGCGGGCCAGUGCCAGCGAGUACGCCGAGGUGGAGCUGUUCCGGCAGGAAACGGACCGGGCGGCCGAACUGUCCGAACAGCUGGGCGUCGGAAUUGCCGUGUUUCAGUCGCUGACCAACUUGUUCCUCAACGGGAUGGUGCUGACGACGCUGGUGCUGGGUGGACACUUUAUGAGCACCAGCUCGAUAAGCGCCGGAGAUUUGAUGGCAUUCCUGGUGGCGUCGCAGGGCGUCCAGCGCUCCCUUGCGCAAGGUUCCAUCCUGCUCGGGUCCGUGAUCCGCGGCAUGACGGCCGGCACGCGCGUCUUCGAGUAUCUCUCCGUUCAACCCAAGGUGGACCUCCAACUAGGUAGCACCAUUCCCGAGUCCCAACGGCGGGGCGAGAUCCACUUCCGGAACGUGUCCUUCACCUAUCCAUGCCGGCCCAACCAGCAAGUACUAAAAGAUUUUUCACUGGUGCUAAAACCGGGCCAGACGGUCGCCCUGGUCGGUGCCAGCGGGUCCGGCAAGUCGACGAUCGCCAGCCUGUUGGAACGGUUCUACGAACCGACGGGCGGUGUAAUUACCGUCGAUGGUCACGAAAUUUCCAACCUGUCCCCGUGUUGGCUCCGCGGAGAACUGAUCGGCUUUAUCGAGCAGCAACCGGUCCUGUUCGGGACGACCAUCUACGAAAACAUCCGGUACGGCCGGCCGGAUGCCACCGAGGCGGAAGUGCUCGAGGCGGCCAAGCUCUCGCAGUCGCACCAGUUCGUGAGUCAACUUCCGGAAGGGUACCAAACGCCGGUCGGUGAGCGGGGCAUUCAACUUAGCGGUGGCCAAAGGCAACGGAUUGCGAUCGCCAGAGCACUGCUCAAGCAGCCAACGAUUCUUAUCCUGGACGAGGCGACCAGUGCGUUGGAUGCCUCUAGCGAAGCGAUCGUACAGAAAGCGCUGGAUGCCGCGGUCGUGGACCGAACCACGCUGGUGAUUGCCCACAGGUUAUCGACAAUUCGGAAUGCCGACGUGAUUGUGGUGCUGGACAAGGGACGGAUCGUGGAGCAGGGGGACCACGAUUCGUUAAUCAAAAAGAAGGGUUAUUAUUACGAGCUGGUGAAGCAGCAGGAACGGGAACAGAGGAAAGAGCAGAAGGAACAGGGGAGGGCAAGGGCUUAAAAAGACAAAAAA